CCCCCCUGAGAAGGACUAUAUUUCUAUAUAAUACGUUUCUUUUAGGACUUCACAACAGCCAAAUUAAAAAAAAAAAAAAAAAAAACGUCCUGAUACCGGACAAUUGAAAACGACAACAACAAAACCAGGCGGCUUCAUAUCAUCGCUGAAGUUGCUGUUAUUUGAAGUAUUUUCUUAUAUAUAUUUUUUUGGAGUUACGAACAAACUCAAUGCUGUGAAGAAAAAAAAGGACGUGCGUUUUAAAACUGGCAUGGUUAUGUGCGGUUGUUGCAGACGUAUGAGACAAGAAACCCGAUAGUUAUCUUAAAAUAUUUAAUUUUUUUUUAAAAAAAAGUUUGUUUUUCAAGCCCGAAUAAAAAUAAAAAGCACAAGCUUGCAAAAUAAAUAAAUAAAUAAAUAAACAUUAAAACACUUUCGAGUGUUUGUUUAUGCAUUUCUAGACUCGAAAGAAGGACUGAAACAGGACAGCUGAUUUAUUUGCAGUAGAAAUAUUAUGAUUUAUGAUUUAUGAUGAUUAUCAGGUUAGCUGUAGCUCCCGGCUCUUGUGUGUGACAAAGCAAGACAUUUUCAGUUUACACAACAAACAGAAAAUAACAGCUCAGCACUUUUUGGGGGCUUUUGACAUUAAUAAUACUUUAAAUAACAUUCAUAAUGCUUGCGGCAUCGCUGAUGCACACAGAGCCGACGAGGCUGAGUGAAAUGUGUACAGUAGUGUACAGUCUAGGGAAAGUGUGCAUUGCAUUGCUUGCAAGCGUGCAAUGAGAGAAGCGUCCUUUUAAAACAAUAAAAGGGGGCUCUUUUUAUGGUGGUUAAACUGCACGAAGGUGGGGAUAAUAAUAUUAACAAUAUCGCCAUGGAAAACCAAGCCCCCGAACAGUUUCAGGACGACGUGAGAAAAUCGGGUUACCUCAGAAAGCAAAAAUCCAUGCAUAAGCGCUACUUCGUGCUCAGAGGGGCCUCGGAAAGGGGUCCGGCCCGGCUGGAAUAUUACGAAAACGAGAAAAAAUUCAGAGCCAAGGCUCCCAUCCCUAAAAAAGCCCUGAACUUGGAGACGUGUUUUAAUAUCAACAAGCGGGCCGACUCGAAGAACAAGCACCUGAUCGUGGUGUACACGCGGGAGGAGAGCUUCUGCAUCGCGGCCGAGAGCGAGGCGGAGCAGGAGGGUUGGUACGAGGCCAUGGUGAAGCUCCAGUGCAAAAGUAAGGUCCACGUGGAGAGCCCGGAGUACGGCGUGGUCAUGGAGACUCCCGGUCCCGCUUUCAAAGAGGUCUGGCAGGUCAAAGUGUGGCCGAAAGGUCUGGGCCAGGCCAAGAACCUGGUGGGGAUCUACCGGCUGUGCCUGACCGAGAAGACGGUCAACUUCGUCAAGCUGAACUCGGACGCGGCCGCCGUGGUCCUGCAGCUCCUGAACGUGCGCCGGUGCGGUCACUCCGAGAACUUCUUCUUCGUGGAAGUGGGGCGCUCUGCCGUGACGGGCCCCGGGGAGUUCUGGAUGCAGGUGGAAGACUCGGUGGUGGCCCAGAACAUGCACGAAACCAUCCUGGAAGCCAUGAAGUCCUUGAGCGAGGAGUUCCGACAGAGGAGCAAGAGCCAGUCCUGCUCGACCUCCUCCAAUCCCAUCACCGUCCCCUCGAGGAGGCACCACCCCAACCCUCCCCCGAGCCAGGUGGGGUUCCCCCGCCGCUCCCGCACCGACACCUCCAGCACCAGCAGCAACCCCUCCCCUACCCCGGCCCCCAAGAACGGCCACCCCCACGCAGGCGACGGCCCCCGAACCGAAGGAGCCAGCCCCAACGGCACCACCCCCACCCCGGCCGUGAGAUCCGUCCGUCCCUCUGUAAAGACCCCUCUGGGCCUGGCGAAAUCCACCCCUUCCCCAGCCCCCGGCUCCGCUUGCCUGUCCUCCAGUACCGCCCUCGGCUCUGAAUGUGCCUACAUCCGGGAGCUCUGUGCCGGAGGUGCGUCUGCGGCAGGGUUCCCCAGCGAUUACGGAUCCUCAGACGAAUACGAUUCCAGCCCCGGGGAGCACUCGCAAGGCCGCAGUUUGACCCCCGACAUCCUGGGAGGUUAUCACCCGCUAGGAGAGGCCGAUUACAUCGCCAUGGGGAGGCAGGAUGGGAGGAGCCGCGGCCCGGCCAAUCCGCUGCCUUCUCAGCCGCCUCGGAGGGUGUUGCGCCGGUCCUCCAGCCGGGAGAGCGAGGCCGAGCGGAGGCUGCUAAGCAAACGGGCCUCCCUGCCUCCCAUGUCCCUGGAGAAGCUGACCCCGGGCCUGCCUAGGAGGAGGGUCCCGCAGGACUUGGGAGCGGCAGGGGAGGAGGGAGAGGAGGACUAUGCAGUGAUGUCCCGCGGCGCCAGCCAGCGGCCCUUCGCUCUGCAGGGAGCGGGAGAGAGCUACCUGGACCUCCCCGGGAGCAAAUCUCAAGCCAGCGAAGCCCAGCCGACGAGGGACAACGGCUACAUGGCCAUGCUGCCUGGCGUGGCCAACGGUGGCCAAGACGAAAGAGCAGCUGGACACGCGGUCAAGCUGGACGACUACAUGGCCAUGACCCCCAACAGCAGCGUCUCCCCUCCCCAUCGGAUCAACCCCCUGCCUUCCGACGGGUACGUGAUGAUGUCCCCCAACGGAAGCUGCUCCCCAGACCAGAAAGGGGGUACCUGGGGCGGGCACCCGCUAGCCGGGGCUGGAGGGAGCAGCGUGGACAGCAAAGCCGGGAGCGACUACAUGAACAUGUCCCCCGUCAGCAGCCGGUCCUCCUGCAGCACGCCCCCCGACGUUCUGCUCCCCGACCCCCCGAAGAUGGUCUACUCCUACUACUCCCUCCCGCGCUCGUACAAGCACGCCCCCCCCGCCGCCGCGCGAUUCGAAGGAGGCGCGCAGACCCCCACCCCCACCGCCGCCAACGACAACCCGGCCCGGUCUUGCGUGACCGGACAGAGCAGCAGCCGGCUCCUCUCCUCCUCCUCCUCCUUCUCCAGCUCCGCCAGCAGCGAGAGCCUGGGAGAAGCAGAGGAGCGUCCCGGGAGGUCUUUCUCGGGCGCCGUGGGGAACGGGCAGAGGAGAGGCGGGCAGCGUAGCCGUCCCGUCAGCUUGUUCAUCGACGUGUCCAAAGCCAGCACUCUCCCGCGAGUGCGGGAGACCCCCCUCCCCCCAGAACCCAAGAGCCCCGGGGAGUACGUCAGCAUUGAGUUCCGCGGAGGCGCCAGUGGAGACUUGGGACCGUCAGUCAGGCUUCUGCGUAGACCUCCCUCGUGCUUAACCGGCUACCACGACCCGCUCCAGCAAGACCUGCUGGGAUCCGAGUACGUCAGCAUGGACCUGGGGCCCCCGUUAGCCCUCCCGGGCUACCCCGCGGUCGAGGAGAGGAGGCCGGUUCUGUCGAAGCCCAGCCCCCACGCUGGUCCGGCCAGCGAAGCGGCCAGCGAACCCUGUCGGAGAGCCGUGCCUCUGGAGUCCCCCACUUUCGAGGACUACACAGAGAUGGCUUUCAGCGCGGGCUCCCUGACCCCCAAAUCUGCCUCCCCCAAAGAGGAGCCGGCUGGGGGCCAGGCCGAUCUGGGGCAGGUCUUCCCCCUGCCCAAGCUGAGCCCCAAUCCGGAUCAGGGGGCGAAGGUAAUCCGGGCGGACUUGCGUCGGAGGCACUGUUCCGAAACCUUCCUCCAGCAGCACAACCCCCCGCCCCUGGUCUUCGCGGAUCACCCGCAGGUUACCAAGCGACUGGGGUUCGAGAGCGUCUGGGGAAAAGGGGAAGCUGGCAGCGAGCCAAACUCCCAGUCCUGUCUGCUUUUCUACCCCUCGGCUGCAGCCCCUCCACCUCCCGCCAGUGUCUCCAUGGAGCAAGGCCUAAACUACAUCGACCUGGAUCUGGCCAGUAAGGAGCUGGCCCACCCGGCUCUCGAAGGAGCAGCGUCCGGCCAGCCUGCCCCUCCUCGGCUCUACUCCUCUCCCCUGUCUAACGGAGGGACCCCUGCCUUGGCUGUCAACACCUACGCCAGCAUCGACUUCCACAAGUCUGAGGAGCUGAGGUCGCACCAGAGCAGCGGCAAGGACGGCACAGAAUGUUGACAUUUUCCCUCAAAGGAUUCUGGGAUACCUGCAGGAUUUGAGGAGCAGCCUUUACUUCAGCCCCGCCUCCCCAGCUGCACCGGCCAAUAGCAACACUGGCAAGGGGCUGCGUGCUCUAACAUCAUUGGAUGCUCAUUCGAGGUCCUGGUCACCCAAUCAGCAGUGUCUCUUACUUUUUUAAAAAUCUUUGUUUUUGGUAAGUUGGCGGAGUGGAAAAACCGUUCAACCAAUAGGAAGACCCUUCAGAACGCCUGACGAGGACUCUCGGCCAAUCGGAACAGCCGUGUAAAAGGAGAGCCAAUCAGAUUGGGGGGCGGGGGCGGGGGGUGAGUGAGAACUAUAUUUAUUUAGAUUUUUUUUUUUUUUUUUCUUUCAAAAUUCUUUUGCCAGGAAUUUUUUUUUUUUAAAAAUGAGUCAAAGAUGACCGAAGCACUGGAGCUACUUUGACAAAACAAAAUUCUCAAAAAAAGUGCCUCUUACUUUUACAAUUGUAGCUAUUUUUUUUUUGUAGUUUGAGAAAUUGGUCUUUUAUUUUUUUUUUUGCAAAUUAAAUCUAUCUAUAUAUCUAUAUAUAUAUAUAUAUAUAUAUAUAUAUAUAAAAAUACAAAACCUUGGACAUUUCUUUGCGAAGAAAUAUCCGCCUUAAGUAUUUAAAAACUAAAAUAAUCCAAACUGAAGAAGAAAAGCCUUUAUUUACUACAUGCUGUGCCUCAAGCCAAGUCUCUGGGUUCUAGAACAUUCUAAGACUUUCCAGAACGUUCCAGAGCUUUCCCUCCUCGCAGACGCUGCAACACCCCUGUCAUUGGCUCGGAUUCAUUUGGCUGGAGAUGAUCCAGUAUCCUCUUACACUGGGGAGCAGUCUGACCGCUGUAGCAUGCUUUGGAAAAGGCUCUAUAUAUCCAUCAAUCUUACCACUGCCAUCCCAAAUGCCAUCCAGGUCUCCCUUUCUGAUAAUCUGUACAGAGGCUCGGAUAAGCCAUCGGGCGCUGGGUCUAGAGCUGCACCAACAGCUCUGGCCAAAAGUUUUUGCAUCACCUAGAAUUCAGAUCGUUUAUUAUUAUUAAUUUCUUAGCAGACGUCCUUAUCCAGGGCGACUUACAGUCGUAAACAAAAAUACAUUUCAAGAAUCACAGUACAAGUGAUAAUACAGUUAAGAGAAUACAGUAAACAAAGAAGCUACAGAAAAGUCUACCGGAAGCCAUAGCGGUAGUAUUUCAUGUUCAGGUUUCAUUCGACUUUAUGAAGCAGAGUCACUUCAUUCUGUAUAGAGGGGGAUGCAAAACUUCUGGCAAGAGUUUUAAUGGAGCUACCACAGCAGUGUGAUUGCAGGACUUGGCUCUGCUGAGAUGUAACAAAUAUUAACAUGAGAGACUGUUUAAAACUGACAAUCGCCUUACAAAACCAAUAGGAAAAAUCCCUCCCUGUGGUAGUUCCGUUGAAAUAUAUUUGUUGCUUCAAAAUUCUCUUCCGAUAGACCCCUGUGCUUAUUUAUAUGCUGAAUAAAAAGCAUUUAAAAAUUGUGCCAAAGAUUGCAACAUAUUUUGAAAAAAAAUAAUAUAAAAUGUAUUUUUGGCACAUUCAAAUAAAUACAUUUAGAUACAGAUUUAGACGUGAAAGUGCCAAAAUAAAUGCGUUUUGCAGUUGGGGUUUUAAAAUACCUGUUUUGUCGUGAUUUUGGUCGGUUUCAACAGUAGGAGUGUGGAAGACCUGCAUGCUGAUAAAGGCCUGGCAAUGCUAAGAGUAUCGCAGCGAGGGGCUGUGCAUUUGGAGAAGAGUUACUGUGCGGGUUUGAGGGUCAGGGAGGACGUUUAGCUGCUUAUCGGAGAGGGGAAAGAGGGUAGAACACAGAUCCGCUUCUAAAACACAAUGAAAACCUCACCUGCUUCUUAAUGUCUGAUUUGUAAGCCUUCGCCUUUAGCAAGAAGCACAAAAAUAUUCUGAAUUUCAGCUCCCUCACCCCCCUAAGAGAAAGGGGUGCUCCCUCCAGUCCAGGGCAGGCUUGAGGCACGGAGACUGAACUGCUCCCUCCCUCACCCUCCUAAGAGAAAGGGUGCUCCCUCCAGUCCAGGGCAGGCUUGAGGCACGGAGACUGAACUGCUCCCUCCCUCCCUCCUUCCCUAAGAGAAAGGGUGCUCCCUCCAGUCCAGGGCAGGCUUGAGGCACGGAGACUGAACUGCUCCCUCCCUCCCUCCUUCCCUAAGAGAAAGGGUGCUCCCUCCAGUCCAGGGCAGGCUUGAGGCACGGAGUCUGAACUGCUCCCUCCUUCCCUAAGAGAAAGGGUGCUCCCUCCAGUCCAGGGUAGGCUUGAGGCACGGAGUCUGAACUGCUCCCUCCUUCCCUAAGAGAAAGGGUGCUCCCUCCAGUCCAGGGUAGGCUUGAGGCACGGAGUCUGAACUGCUCCCUCCUUCCCUAAGAGAAAGGGUGCUCCCUCCAGUCCAGGGCAGGCUUGAGGCAUGGAGACUAAACUGCUCCCUCCCUCCCUCCCUCCCUCCCUAAGAGAAAGGGGGCUCCCUCCAGUCCAGGGCAGGCUUGAGGCACGGAGACUGAACUGCUCCCUUCCUCACCCCCAGAAGAGAAAGGGGGCCCCCUCCAGUCCAGGGCAGGCUUGAGGCACGGAGACUGAACUGCUCCCUUCCUCACCCGCAGAAGAGAAAGGGGGCUCCCUCCAGUCUAGGGCAGGCUUGAGGCACGGAGACUGAACUGCUCCCUCCCUCCCUCACCCCCCUCACCUGAAAGAAAUGGUGUCCGUUUUUGUGCUUCUUGCUAAUUCACCAGUCUGCAUCCUGUUUAAAUGCCUAUGCACAUCCACUAACACACAAGAAUACACCAAGUGCCUGUCUGUCUGUCUGCCUGUCUGUCUGUCUGUCUGCUUAAUUCUAGAUCGAGAGCCUUUCUUAUGCAAAUACAAAUCGUGGGAGCUCCCAGCGCCAUGCACACUGCAAUCCAGAUUCUGUUGAAAGUCUAACAGGGUCUAUUUGAAUGAUCUAAACACUAGAUCAGAAUGGGGAAGGCGAUUCUCUUAUCUGACUGACACCGACUCCAGAACUGAAAAGGAGCUUCAGAACUCCUAGUCAAAGCAACACAGACUUGAGAUAUUUGAGUAACCGAAACGAGAAGCACGCAGGAUGGUGGCUGCAAACGUCGUAAAGAGGGAUACAAAAACAAAAAUGUAUGAAGUAAAUAGCAAUCUACAUUUUGGUAUCGCUUCUGACAAUUCCUACACCGCGCAGAUGCAGGGUUGUAAGUUUUAUGGCGUCAUAAUUAAUACACUUGUAAAACAAUCAAGUUUGUUGUCUGCUUAAUGAAAUUGUAUUGGGAAAAUCUCAAUACUUAAGAACUUGUAUUUUAACCCAAAGCAACGUGUUUGUAACCCGUGUUUCACUUUGUUUGUUGUGGAUUAAAACACGAAACAGCUUUGCGUUUAAAUACUCCUAAACAGUCAAUCGAGCUAGUUCAAAAAUACUGAAAAAAAGUUAUCAAAUUCAGUGGCGGAAGACAUUGAGAGAGACUUCUCGUCGAAACGCGUGACAUUGAAUUUAUUAGGUUUCUUUCAGUAUUUCUCUGUUGGGUUUUUGUAUCCCAUUAAAAAACGAAGACAUUUUUUUUUCAGACAUAACUGGGUUCAGUCAAAACUUGUAGCUGGCUUGCCUUAUUGUAAAAUACUUUUGCAAUGUUCUCAAAAAAAAAGCCUUUUUUCUGCUCACUUUGUGGCUUUUCGUUGAAUCACGGCAUUUAAAUCUUAAACGUCCUUCUCUACUUGGCUGAGAAACUCUUAAAAAAACCUAAUAAAUCAACUGGAGGUUAUGUUGAUCUUAGGAGGGGGGCGGGGCUACCAGGGAGCCAAUCACAAAAAUCGGAAUCAUCGGUAUCCAGGCGGAAAUAACUGUUCAUCGUAGCAGAGUCCUAGUUGCUGCCAUGGUUACAGUGCUGCUGUUUGUGAUGAUCAAACUCCAAGAAUAAGAGGCCAGAAUAAUGAAUGGUUUUGUAAAUUUAACAGCAGGCUUUUUUGUAAGGCCCUCAAGAGAAGGCCUCAGUCGUCGGCCUGGGUGUUUGAUUUGGAAUAAUCUUAGUUUUCAAACUCUGGCCUCUGUUUUAAGAUUAUAAAAUGUUGUCAACGGUUGAUUUAGGGCGUAGGGCGGUUUUUCCAGUGUUGUAAAACACUCUAAAUGAAAUCUUGGAAGCAGGCUGAUCUUAAAUCGAAAGUGUCAUAAAACCGUGUUGUGCUCUUUUGAACAUUUUUGUUUGUUUGUUUUGUUUGUGUAAAUGUUUCCUUGUGUAAAUAUAUGUAUGUUUUAAAAAAAAAAAAGUAUGUUUAUCUUGUGGGGGUGAGGGGGGUGGAAUGGUACUGUAAUAAAUUCACACACAGCUCUGGCCAAAUGUUUAAUAUCACCUAGAAUUUUAGGAUUGAGACAUCAUUAAAAAAAAAAACUAAUUUUAACUAAACUAAACAUAAUUUUAGAUCUUAUUUAACAUCAUAUAAUCAAAGAAACUACAAAACGAUAUUGCAAAAAGACUAUACCGGAAGCCAUAAUAAUAGUACAGUAGCAUUUCAUGUUAGAUUUUGAAAUGUCAAAUUUUUUCAAUUUGUCAGUUUUUUUCAUUCAGUAUGUGGAAAACUACAAAGCGGUGUGUGAUUCAAUAUGUUAACAUUAUUCAGCAGGUUUCAUUCGACUUCAGGAAGCAAAAUCAGUUAAUAUCUAUAGGGUGAUGCAAAACUUCCUGCCAGAGCUGUACAAAUAUAAUAUAUAUUCAGAGCAAUUCUCUUCAACAUGUUUUAAGAUGAAUUUGCGACCGUUAUUUCAAAGUGGUUCCUCUAACAGUAUCUUCUGUUAUGGGUCUGUUUCGUUGUUUUCGUCGUUUUUGUUUGAAAAUAAAAGCGAAAUUACUGGAUACUUCAUAUGCCAGUGUCGCAGUUCAGUAUUUUUCAUUUCUCUUACUGUGUCAUGUUGUUUGUAAUUAUUUUGAGUGGUUAUGGAUUCUGUUACCUUUAUUUAAAAAAAAAAAAAAAAAAAAAAAAAAAAAAAAACGUAUUAUGUUAAAGCAGACAAUGUAUAAGGAAGUGCCAGUUAACUAGGGAUGUAUUAUAACAUUUCUGAUUCAAAUACACGCCUCUUUACCCAGCCAAUUUACUAGAGUGUGAAAUCCUCAGAAAUACAGGCCAGGUGUCACCCUGCAGUGUACAGCUUUGAUAGACAGGGGGCGUUGUUCACUCUCGCGGUACGAAAACUCAAACACAAAGAGAAAACCUUUUUAAUCUCCUCCUCUUAGGGAUGGAAAUAAGACUCCCGUUGCACAGCAGUGUGAUCCAUUCCUGGUUUUACUAGGAGUUUAAUAAGACUCACCUGAGCUUGUUACCUCUACACUGUGGCAAGCUGGUAGUAAAACCUGGAAUGGGUGAAACUGCUAUGCAAUAGGAGUCCCAUCCCUGUGGCUUUAUUAUAUUCGGAAAGGUUAAUAAUAAUAAUAAUAAUAAUAAACACAAUGUUUCUAUAAUGCUGUAAAGUUAAGAAAAACGCUUGCUGUAAACAUGGAAUGCUUCUGUUGUUCAGCCAUUAAAGAAAGUCUGAUGUUUGAAACCA